AUGCAGUUGCAAUCGCAGGCUAUCCUACAUAGAGAUGCCCAACUAAAAUUUCUAGACUGUUUUAUCCAUGAUGAUCCGGCCCUCUCACCUUCCAACCUAAUUGUGCAUGGCCCUAGGAGUUCUGGCAAGACAAGCGCACUCAAGCACUAUUUCAGCACACAUACGGAGCUACUACAUUGCUGGAUAAAUGCUAUAGAGAUGGUCACUGGUAAACCCUUUGCACAGCAUAUAGCAGUCAAGGUUUCUAGACAACUACGAGAGAGCUUUCCACUACAGCCUCGAACUGAGCACGAUCCGUUGAGUGCAGAGGAUUUCUCUCUUUUGGUAAAGUUCCUUUACAACCUGUUUUCUGAAUAUGAAGCAUUGGAGAAAAGACACUGUGUGUAUGUGAUCCUCGAUAACUUCGAUCAAAUUGACGAGCUCGAUGUUGAGCUCUUGCCGAAGUUUUUGAAAAUAGAUGAGCUUUUGCCGAAAUUCCUAAAGCUGGAAAUCCGUUUCAUCCCAGUCAUACAGGCAACAUCAUUUUUGCACCAUUACUCUACUUAUAAUAUUCCAACUGUUGUAUUUCCGAGGUAUAACCUUCAUGAGACUAGGGAUGUUGUGCAUUACGUGAAAGAUGUAGAACUUAGUACCUCUACGCAACUGGUAUCGAAGAUAGAGAGUUAUGAGACAGAAGAAGUCGGUAGGUUAUGUGCGGGUAUUAGCAAGGCUUAUAUUGAUUUGAUAAUAGAAUCAUUCCAUUCGUAUAGCGGGAAUGAUCCUGUACUUCUUAUGGAACUAGUGGAUGCUAAAUGGCUCCAGUAUGUCACUGCUAUCGAUGAAACGAACUAUAAAGAUACACCAGCUCUCUACCGGAGUAAUUUAGACCUGUUCAGACGAACAGGAGAUACUUUUCUGGAACAAGACGACGAAGAAGAUGUAGCUAACUUGGCGAGCAUAAAAUCCAAUUCGGGGCCAGCAUCUUCCGCAGCACAAAAUAAGACAACGGCUUAUGGUCUCUGUACGAUGUCAAAAUACCUUUUGAUUGCAGCCUAUUUGACUUCUUACUUGAAUCCUAGGUUUGAUAGCAAGGUGUUUUCCAAGAAGAGUCACCUUAGAGCUGGUCGCUCAGCUUAUGGUAGACGUAACAAAAUGGAUACAAACCCCCGUUACCUUCAGCCCUCAUUAUUUUCUCUGGAAAGAAUGCUAGCUAUCUUCCAGUCAAUAUAUCCCGUUACUGUUACCAAUGAGAUACAUUCAGACUGUAUACAGAAUGAACAGCACAUGAGAGCUAAUGUCGAAGUUUAUGAAAACCUAGCGGAAUUGAAUUCUUUAAAGUUAAUAACUUCUGCGAUUAACAAGAGUGUUGAUUACCUACAUGAGAAAAUUAAGUGGAAAGUGAAUGUACCAUGGGAAAUUAUUAUAGAAGUUGCCGAUACAAUUGAUUUCGACAUCGCUGAAUAUUUCAGCGAUAUACAUGAAUGA